GAACUUCCGGGUUGCCUCGCCAACUCUCCACCAUCACCAAUUCACAUCUCACCAAAGCUUAUAAGUAAUUGAGCAUCUGCUAAAAAGUGGCUUGACUUCUUUAAGCUCUUCUAAUAUGGCGUCAAUUGACAGAUCCAAGUUGAUAACUUUCCUCUCUCUUCACCUUUGUUUCUGCCUUCUUCUUCCUUCAACAUUAGCUUUCUCAUUUGGGCAGAAUGAUGGGUUCACCAUCAACGGUCGAAUUAAAAUCCCAAAUUAUGGAACCAGAGGUUAUGGUUUGCCUGCAAAAACAUCAAACAUCAAAGUGAUACUCAAUGGUGGUCAAAGGACUACAUUUUUGAGGCCUGAUGGAUAUUUUUCAUUCCAUAACGUGCCAGCUGGAACUCAUCUACUUGAGGUGGCUGCAACUGGUUAUUUCUUCUCGCCGGUCCGUGUUGAUGUCAGUGCAAGAAACCCGGGGAAGGUUCAAGCUGCACUGACUGAAACCAGAAGAGGUCUAGCUGAGUUGUCGUUGGAGCCUUUGAGAGAGGAAGAUUACUAUGAGAAAAGGGAACCCUUCUCGGUUUUGUCUAUUGUGAAGAGCCCCAUGGGUCUUAUGGUUGGCUUCAUGGUGCUAGUUGUUUUUGUGAUGCCUAAACUAAUGGAAAACAUGGAUCCUGAGGAAAUGAGGCAAGCUCAAGAGCAAAUGAGAGGUCAAGGUGGAUCUUUGGCAAACUUUUUAGGUGGUGCUGCUGCUCAGAGAAACUGAUGGAGUUUCAGACUCGUGGGCAGGGUGGGACUCUUAAGACAUUUGAGCAGGGGACGCGUGCUGGAAAAUAACAAUGGGCAGGGCAUGAGCCAAUGUGGUGAAAUUUUAAUUAUACUGAUUGAUAGCAAAGCUCUUAUGAUCUGAUAGAGGUCCCAAAUUUUUUGUGGGAUUGGAAAAAUGUAAUUUUGGUGGCUUUCCGUUUAUGUUAAACUAAUCCUAGAUGUGUUUAGAUCUUUGUAGAAGUCAUGUUCAAGAUUCAAAUUGCAGAUAGAUUUGGAUCAUAUUUUUGGAUCAGUUGAUAUAUGUGAUACUACUUAUAUGAAAACCAUGUAUGAUUAAUAGUUUGUUUGAA